AUGAGUUGUGGGGGAGAGGAGGAGUUCAUGGUGUUCAUCCGCGUUUCUUCCACUGAACACUUGCUAUCACUUCGUCUAUUCGAGGAAGCUCAGACGCAAGAAGGAUCUAUGAUCUCAGGCUUUCAUAGCUUUAGUCCAAUCCUCCAAGUUAAAUCUGAGAGUUUAUUGAAGCCAAUUAUUUUAGCUGAUGAAGUACCAGUGUGCGUACAUGGAACCUAUAAAAAGAAUUUGGGAUUUAUUUUGGAGUAUGGCUUAAAGCGGAUGCAAAGAUUGCAUGUUCACUUCUCAUGUGGCUUGCCAACUGAUGGUGAAGUAAUUAGUGAUAUGAGGCGGAAUGUGAAUGUUUUGAUAUAUCUUGAUGUGAAAAAGGCUCUAGAAGAUGGAAUGAAGCUUUACAUAUCAGACAAUAGGGUGAUCUUGACUGAAAGUUUUGAUGGUGUUGUGCCCGUAAAGUACUUUGAAAAGAUCGAGUCAUGGCCAGAUAGACUAUUAAUGUCGUUUCCAACAUAA